AUGGCUGUUCCCAAGUUAACAGCUUCUUGCUCUGCGGUAAAGUCUACUGUCGUUCCUUUAUCAAAAUUGACAUGUCAAUAUAAUAGUUCUACACUACUUUCAUCUUCCUCUUCCUUUUUCUCUUCUUCUUAUUCUUCUUCUUCUUCUUAUUCUUCUUCUUCUUCUUCUUCUUCUUCUUUAUUUUCUGCUGCUGCUGGAAACAAAACAACAUUCGAUAGAUUACUAUUAAAUCCAUUAUCUACAGUACAAAAUACCACGCAUACAUCUAUUCAUUCUUUUCUUUUAUCAAAUAAUAUUAAUCAUCAACAAAAGAGAUUAUUAUCAUCAUCAUCAUCAUCAUCAUCAUCAUCACUUAAGAAUAGUAAUAGUAAUAAUAAAAAAGAACAAGAAAAUAGAGAUGAUGAAGGUGAUCAAGGUACAACGGGAGCAUUCCUGUUUGACAUUCCAACAGGAAUAUUGGCACUAAUUGGAUUGACAGUUUUAACCAGUUCGAUCUAUUACAAUAUGAUGAACGAAAAAUAUAAACAAACAGAUCAAUCAUCGUCGUCGUCGUCAUCGUCAUCAUCAUCUGACCAUCAACCAAGAGAUGUUUUACUAUCACCUCCAUCUGUUGUGGGUAUACUCUCACCAGUCUAUCUAAGCCCAGAAGAGGCAAUUAAAGAGUUGACAGAAGAACCAAUAAGCAUAAGAGAGACACUACUUCGAAUUGUAAAGUUGGGCAUCAUUUUUAUGCCCUCAAUAUUGACAAGUCCUCUCUUGUUGAUACCAGGAGGAGAUGGCCUUUGGUGGCGUCUCUUACUUUGUAGCAUAGAGUUUAGUGGUACCUGUUGGAUCAAAUUUGGCCAAUGGGUUAGUACAAGACCAGACUUGUUCCCCGUCUUGUUGUGUCAAAAAUUUUCUUUAUUGCACAAUCAAUGUCCAUCACAUUCUUUUGAAUUUACAAAGGAAACCAUUGAAAGUAAUUUCAAUAGUGAAUUAAAAGAUUUAUUUGUAUAUUUUGAAAAGGAACCAAUGGCAAGUGGUGCUGUAGCACAGGUACAUAAAGCAGUUAUUAGCGAUGGCUCUGUGGUUGUCGUAAAAGUGCUUCAUCCAAAUGUUAAAUAUUAUAUAAAGACAGACUUUACCAUCAUCUAUACUGCGUUGUGGGCAUUCAGCAAAAUACCAGGAAUGAAAUGGCUUUCAUUGCCAGAGUCUAUUUUGGAGUUUGGAAAGUCAAUGAUGAAGCAGGCCAAUCUCUGCCAAGAGGCAUCACACUUGAACACCUUUAUUGACAACUUUAAAAACAACAAUGAAGUUGUGUUUCCUAGACCAUGUUAUCCAUUGGUAUCACGUGAUGUUCUUGUAGAGACAUUCGAGCCUGGUACUCCAAUUAUGCAAUACAUCUCUACCAAAAACCCAUACAAUCCUACCCUCGCCAGAAUUGGUUUAGAUGCUUACAUGCAAAUGAUGCUUGUAGAUAAUUUUAUACAUGCAGAUCUACACCCUGGAAAUGUACUUGUAAGAGAUUCAAGUAUUCCAAUAGAUCAUACCUUUUAUCCAAUAUUCUCCAACAACAACUCACCUGCUGGAAACAAUAUUACUCAAAAUAGAAAGUUUUUCCAACUUCAUUCAAUCGAUCUUGUAGAACGCCAAAAAAAUUCAUUGCCAAAGUUAAUUCUAUUGGAUGUUGGACUGGUUACAGAACUAGAGGACCAGGAUAAAUCGCACUUUAAGGAGCUUUUUGUCGAGGUUGUUAAAGGAAAUGGUAGAGCAGGUGCAGAACUUAUUAUUAAAUAUGCUAGAGAAGCACAAUGUUCAGAGGAAGAAAUGUACGAAUUUAAAGAAAGAAUGGGGCAAAUAUUUAAUCAUGUCCAAAGUAGUAAAUUAAGUGAGGUUCAUGUUGGACAGUUAUUGGGAGAGAUAUUAAGUUUGGUUAGAGAAUACCAUGUAAAGUUGGAGAGCAAUUUCGCAACCUUGGUUAUGGGUACCAUCAUUUUAGAAGGACUUGGAAAACAAUUGGACCCAAAUCUUUCACUUUUAAAAGCAGCCGUACCGUUCCUAUUCCAUCGACAAACAUCAUAUAUUCUACCAGAAUUUUUUAGAUUCCUAGUUAGACCCAAGGCACCAAUACCAGUACCAAAAGAACAACAACAACAACAAGAUGUAAAUUUAUAA